AUGUGAACGUGUGUAUAGUGCGUACAUUAUAUGUGAGAAGUGAUUGGUAAAUUAUAUGGCAUGGUGUGGUGUAAAAGUGUAAUAUUAAAUGUGCAAUAAUAAUCAUGGUGUAAUGAGUUUCUGAGUAGGGAACAGGGAUACGACGUGAUCCUAACGUGUAUGAAGACUGAAGUGGAGCAAGGCACAGUGGUGAUAAGAUGUGACACGGAUGUGUGGAAAUGCAGUAUUAAUCCACUGUAUCACUCUCUUUAAGGUGUAAUAAGCGACUGGGGAGGAUGCAGGGAUAUGACAUGAUCCAAAAGUGAAGCGAGUUGAGUGAAGAUGCAGUGAUAACAUGUCUUGAACAUAAGACAGAGCAAGAAUGAUAAUUUAUAACACAGAAAGAACAGGAAUAGUAUUAUUCCCUAACCCAAACAUUGAGUGAGGUUUUGUACCAUUUGAAAGGUUAUCUAAAAUGUGAUAUGAUAACACAACAAAAGUGUAUGAUGAGAGCAGUAAUGUAAUCUCAACAGUCCUAAAAAUCAGGUGAUAAGUUUCCAGGGAGAGGAGGAACAGGAUAAGAACAUGAAGUGAGCACGUCAAGAUAACUGCUUUAUCUGUUUUAACUUUCCUGAUAUCUGUAUUAAGCCACGACCACUCAUAAUUUAACCAUUACCUUCCCGGCAAGCCACAUGCACACACGCCCCUCAGUAAUUAUCCCAGCUUUAACCAAGAGACAGACAGAAGUCCUUAUACAUCUUCACCAACACUGACUUUCCCCUAGCAACAUACAACCCUAAGGACACCAUGGAGUGGCUCUGGAUACCUGCUGUGGCGUUGGUGGUUGUGUUCAUCUUCGCUCUGUGUUGGCUGUUUUACAAGGACUACACAUGCUGUCCUUGUAAGAAUACAAGGUUACAGUCUAGUGAUGUUGAGAGUGGUGAGUCACGAAGUGAGUCGCGAAGUGUGUCGUCCUUCACCACCAUCGACAUCAACACACCUCGCUCCCUACCAUUACCUCGGACAUACCCCACCUCACCUGCUGCCCGCGGUCUUUCCUUUGAUGGCUCAACUGAAGGCCACAGGGACUUGCCAUUCCGCAAACACCCACCAACAGUCCCGAAACGCCUGACCCCACACCUUGCCACCCUCAUCGACUAUGACUUUGGGGAUCAUGCCCAUUCGAGUAACAUUGUGCGAAUGGAGCUGGGUGCCCCAACCAUCGACCUGCACCUACUGAGGGUGAGGGAGGCCAGGCAAGUCACUGAGACCUUCCUGAAGCAGUCACGCGGUAAAUACAGGAGGGUACGAAUCAUUACCGGUAGGGGCCUGCACAGUGUCGAUGGAGUGCCAAAGAUAAAGCCUGCUGUGGAGUCCUUACUGAGUGAAAACAAUUACUCAUUCAAGGAGACAGCUAAGGGAGGAUGUCUGGAGGUGAUGCUGUAGAUAUUUGAGUCUUUGUGUUGCUUCUAUGAUUUGCAAGGUAGUGGGUGAGAUACAAGCCAGUCAAGACACCUGUUUCCAUCAGUCUCUGUCUAUUAACUGAGUCUGCUGGUGGGAAUGAGGAAUGUUUAGAAGUUUGUGUGCAGGGAAGGAUUGCUCUGUGGCAGGGAAAAAGAUAUGUGAUUUGGUUGGAGGGAAUGAAUGGGUAAGAUGACAGAAAUUACAGAUAAGUGGAAUAGAUGAACACAUACGAGAGAGGAGUAAGGGAAAAUAAGAGUGCUAGAAUAGGUAUUGAAUGAAUGACUGGGAGUAAGGUGAAAGGAAAACAUGCCAAGAAAAAUAGUGGGAUAGAUGACUAGACAGGGAAGAUCAGUGAUAGCAGAUGACCUGUAUGGAGAGAAAGAGAGAGAGAGAGAGAGAGAGAGAGAGAGAGAGAGAGAGAGAGAGAGAGAGAGAGAGAGCAAAUAACCAAAAUGACAGGAUUGAUAUAUGUAUAAGAGUAGUAGAGAUGAAUACAGAAGAGAAAGGAGAGAGAGUUCAAAUGACAGAAAGGGUUUUAAGAAAGUGAAAUAAAUGAAUAAGAAAGGGAAGGAAGAGAUGGAAAAUUAUGUAGGUGGAGAAAAUGAUAGGAAGGAAGAGAUAGAAAAUUAUAUAGUUGGAGAAAAAUACCUGUAUUACUCAGUAGUCUUAACUCUCUCAUCUUCCAUCACUCUAUCCACUCUUACCAUUCCACCAGGAUGAAGAUGAGAUACAUGUAUAGCUAUAUAUUUUUGUAAUUUUAUACUGUGGAGUGACAAAUUGGCAUUCAAUGUAUUAAAAAGAAGCAGCUUUGUUAGGCAAGGACUUGAGUGUGAUGUGAUGCUCCUGUGGUUCUGUGCUUUGUUCUUAUCUUGGGACAGCAUGUAGGUGUAGGUGUAGCUAAGUAAGUGUAUGCUGCAACAUUAUGGAGUACAAGAACACCUCUACCUGUCCAUCUAUCCAUCCCUUGCAGCAUUACCUGUCCAUCUAUCCAUCCCUUGCAGCAUUACCUGUCCAUCUAUCCAUCCCUUGCAGCAUUACCUGUCUGUCUAUCUAUCCAUCCCUUGCAGCAUUACCUGUCCAUCUAUCCAUCCCUUGCAGCAUUACCUGUCUGUCUAUCUAUCCAUCCCUUGCAGCAUUACCUGUCCAUCUAUCCAUCCCUUGCAGCAUUACCUGUCCAUUUAUCCAUCCCUUGCAGCAUUACCUGUCCAUCUAUUCAUCCCUUGCAGCAUUACCUGUCCAUCUAUCCAUCCCUUGCAGCAUUACCUGUCCAUCUAUUCAUCCCUUGCAGCAUUACCUGUCCAUCUGUCCAUCCCUUGCAGCAUUACCUGUCCAUCUAUCCACCUAUCUAAUGCCUCACUCAAUCUGGUUCACUCAAGGGUGGGGUGGCAACAGCAGAAGAGCCUCCACCUCUUCUUAUUCAAAUGUUCAGCCUCUAUCAGCACCUCUCACACUUCUCCUGUAUCCUAUCCUUCCUUCUAGUGCCCUAAUAGCACCUUCAGUUUGACUUGGACGUUUGCAAAGAGUGUUUGGACCAGCACCUCUUUCAUACCUGGUCUUCAUUACUUUUUCUAUCUCUCUAACAUCACCUUCAGUUCCACUCUGUCCUUAACAGCUGCAAGGUGAACUGAGAUUAACUGCAGAGAAUAUAUAUAUAUAUAUAUAUAUAUAUAUAUAUAUAUAUAUAUAUAUAUAUAUAUAUAUAUAUAUAUAUAUAUAUAUAUAUAUAUAUAUAUAUAUAUAUAUAUUCACAGUAUGAUGCCUUCAGAAUGUGCCAAAUGAUUAUAAUACAUGCACAAUCAUUUUAAUAUACAUGCAUUUACUAUUAGAAUAAUGUAUGGGACUAAGAAUGUAUGCUGUGUUAGUGAGUGUAGUGUGGUUUGUUAUUAUGUACAGUAUUAUGUAUUUGUUUCUAUCAUUCUUUCUAUUAUGAAGUGCAACUAUAAUUCAACAUACCAUUAUCAUCUACUGUAGUUUCUUAUAAUCUUUAAGUAUAUCUUUCAGUCCCAUCACUUCAUUACCACCUAUCAUUUCUUUCCUGUAAUUUUCAAUCAUUCAAGAUUUCAACAAUUUCCAGUAGCCCAUUUUAAAAUCCCAAAGACAGUAUUAUAUCAACAAAUUUAGUUCCUGAUUGACCAAAAUUUGUCAAAAGUGAAAACAUGAUUCUGUAAUCCAUGACAUAAUGGUCUCUCAUAUAUUAUAACAUGGCAUAAACCUUGUAUUAUGCUCCUCUCUAACCACCACCACCAUCACCACCACUAACGGCAGUAGUAUUUAUAAGUUAAGAAGAAUUACAUGACACGCAGUUAUAUAAUUUUAAUUAUUAUGUAUUUUUCCAGUUGCCAAUUACUUAAGAGUAUUGUAUAUAAAACUGUACUGCUACAAAGUGUUUACUGUGAUAAAGUAGCAGUGUGUUUAUCACAUUUACUAUGUGCCUUGACGGUAAAGUUAAUGAGAGAGAGAGAGAGAGAGAGAGAGAGAGAGAGAGAGAGAGAGAGAGAGAGAGAGAGAGAGAGAGAGAGAGAAGGAAAUCCAUAUUCAUAUAUACUUUUGUAAUACCUUUUAUUGAUCACCUUAAUGGGGUUACUAAAUUUAAUCUAAUCCCACAUAAUAAUCUAAUCUAACCUGGUGUGCUUUGUUAAUAUAAUAUAACUAAUGCUAAGAGGAUCUGUAUUUUGCCUCUUCACUCAGACCUCUUUUUCUCCCUCUCAAGUUGUCUCUUAUGGAAGGACCACAUGAGAGAGAGAGAGAGAGAGAGAGAGAGAGAGAGAGAGAGAGAGAGAGAGAGAGAGAGAGAAAUAUGCUUGCUUAGAAGACUAUUGGGAAUCAACAAUGCCUUACAAAAGAUAAAAGUUACAGAAGAAGAGACUAUUAAGUGAUGUUAGAUACAUUUUAGAAACAAGACAAAGUGGUGGAUCAUUAAGUUGAUCUAGUUUUGUAUAUCUCUAGUUAAUUUUCCUCUCUUCUCUUGAAUACCAUGCCAAUGUUCACCCAGUCAUCAGUCAUUGCUGAGGAGUCAUUGUAAUUAUUUAAGGGAGAAAAUAGGAAUAAGGUCACAGAGGGUGUCACAAUUAGUUCAUUAACCUGCCACACUCACUUCUGCUGGAUCAGAAGCCCACAGCUCCCUCAACCUAUGCCUGGUGUGUGUUCAGUGCCAGAUGAAUAGAGGCAAACCGUGCGUGUCUCCACUGGCCCAAAAUUCAUACUCGGGUGUGGGUGGAGGGUGCUCACCUCACACUGCUGGCCUGCUGGGGAAGUGUGAGGGAUUGCUGUGUGCUUCUGGUGUACUCAAAGGAAACUGUUGCCUGAUUUUGCAGAAGUGAGUGUGGUAUUUUGGCUGAUACUCAAGAUGACUUUGCAAGCUAGUCAGUCAAUCAGUCAGUACUGUAUAUCCUGGAUUACGUGGCAACGGUAUUAGUUCUGAGGUACGGUGCAGUAAACCCUCAAUGUAAUGAGUAAUACGUGUAAUGGACACUGCAAGCCUACCGAACAUGCCUUGUAUUUAAUAAACAUUGGUCAUUACAAGAGGUGGAAGUAACAAGCCCUCUUAGUCUCCCACACAACCACUGCAUACAGUGAACUAACUUCUGCUAAACACAGUUGGAGAGUCAGUGAAGGAAGAGCAACUGUUUUUUUGAAUGCAUACUACUGAAUAAUUCUCCUUACACAGCGACCUGAGUUUGCUGAAAGACCUCAAUGUAAUGACAGCCAUUCUGAGCCAACUUUUGGAUAUAACAAACUACAUCCCAAAGUUCAUUGUAUUGUGGGUUUACUGUGCCUGAUGUAAUGUUAAUCACCAGUGUGUAUUUUUGUAUUUUUAUUUUCAAUGCUAAAGAUUGUCAAUUUAUCUCUAGUUUUCAGAAUAAGUGAGAGUUAAAAUGUUCCUAUGAGCGAGAUAUACUGUAGCUGUAGUGAUGGGGGAGUGGAGUGCAAGCCAAAGGUACUGUGGUAGUUGCAGUGUGUACUGAAUUAUCUUAGAUUGUAUGUUAAUGGAUAGAAAAUGGAAGGGAAAUAAGGAUGUUAAGUAGUGACAAUGAUGAUGAGAUAGACUGCCAAAAUGGUGACAUCUUCUUUGUUAUCAGACAGACACAUCACUCCUGUUUUUUUUUUUUUUUUUUUUUUUUUUUUUCACUCACCAUCUUGGAAAUAACUGGAUUUAUGGGUAUCUUUAAGGAAAAUUAUCAUUGCAGCCAAAGUGAUGGUGUCUUGUUACAAAGCAAACAUGUCACUCCUGUUUUUUCUGCAUAUUUUCUUAGAAGCAGCUUUGAAUUAUAGAUCAAUAGACAGACAGCUAAAAGUGAUAGUGUCUCUCUCAUUACAAAGCAAACAUCACUCUUGUUUUUUGGGACAUUUUCCCAAAAAAUUUUUUGAAAUAGGAGCUUCAUUUUAUGUUUUUCAGGCCACAGAUUUAUUUAACCCUCUGAUUUCUGUAGCAUUUUCAUAUUAUUUGAGUUAAGAUUAGAUGAUUUCAUUAAAUUCUGUGGCAGCUCUCUUUCAGUCAGGAAGUUAAGUAUUGUGCCUUAUAAUGUUCUUGGUUGAAAAGUCAUUAGUUUCAUAAUAGACUACUUUCAUGAGUCUCACAUCACCUGGAUUGUAGGGGUGAGGAGAUUGUAGUAUUAAAACAAGUGUCCUGUCUAAUCUACAUAACUGUUUAAGAGACUGCAGUGCAAAAGUGAGGCUGCCUGUACAUGGGGAACUUUUUGUGGUCUGAUUGCCACAAAAAAAUUUUCACCCCAACAAAAAAAAAAGAUUGGCAAUUAUACCCUGCACACAAGCCACACAGGGCUGCCACUAAUAUUGUGAUGUUGAUAGUUAUCAUCAUUGAUGCUGCAGGCCUAGCAGCUACCUGAGCUCUUGUAUCAAAAAGCUGGCACAAAAAUACAACCAAGAAAGUACAGCCUAUUGUUAACCAGAGACUAUUCUGUGGAGUAUUUAAUAUAAUGUAUGGUGAACUGAAAUAGUAUGUUAUUUUUUUUACUAAAAUAGUAUGUUAUUUUUUUUUACUAAGUCCCAAGAAAGUUGUGAUCACGUUGUGACAAUAACUGGAUUACAUACAGCACAGCAAAACACCAACAUGUGUGUGUGGCAGGAAAAGAAAGGCUUGCUGAAAUUAUACUUUAACUGCUCUUAAAGGAACACCACUGGCACCCACACGUGGCCCAUGUGCAGGGUGUGAUUUAAAUCAUCAGGAUCCACCAGUGGUCACAGCAGCCAGCUACAGUGGUGUGGUAGGUAAAAUAGACCUGGUCACCACUUUUUGUGGUUGCCACUGAAAAGUGGCUCGUGAGGGCUGUUCGAAGAAAUACAUGCAUUCCACUUAUUGCCUUGAAGCAGUGGCAGCCACUGUCCAGUGAACAGUGGCCUGUGUGCAGAGGGCAGAGUGUGUGGAGAAUUGUAGUUAUUCAUGGGAAAGAUUGUGUGGCUGUGAAAGGAUUAAGCAGCUGUAAUAUUCCUUCCUGUGAUGAGUGAGUGUUUUCAGCCUCACCGUUUUAAAGCUAAUCUUCAAAGCAAAAGCUUGAUGUCACAGUUUUUUAUUACUGUCAUCAUCAUCAUCAUCAUCAUCAUUAUGUAUUGCUAUUAUCAUUGUUAGUUAAGUAUGGGUUACUCUGAUACUAGUGCUGCUUGAAAAGACGAGUCAUUGUAGUGUUAGCUACUUCAUUUACUUAGUUACUUUAUAUACUUAUUUGUUCUGUUGUCAAGGUUUUAGUUUAUAUAUAUUUUUAUUAUUAUCUGAUUAGUUGUUUAUUUCCACACAAACAUGUUCCUGUUAUGUAAGUUUAUAUUUUGCUUACUAUAUUUAAUUUUUUCUCCCUUUUUUGUAUUUCUGUAUUCUCUGUUUUGUGCUUGAGUUUUAAUAUUUUGUUUUAUGUAUAUAUUCAUUGUCUGCAUUACACACACACACACACACACACACACACACACACACACACACACACACACACACACACACACACACACACACACACACACACACACACACACACACACACACACACCUUUUUUUUUUUUUUACAGACAACUGAAUUAUAUGUUCCGUAUCUCUCUUAUCCUGCAUUUGUUUUUGUUUAUACAUAAUGUUCUUGCUAUGUAUGGGAGUGAAUGGCUGUCUCUCCUUCAUUCCUGAGUUAUGGCUGCCCUGUGCUGCUGGGUUCUGUGAGUCUGUCAGGAUGAUUAAGGGUGAUCUGGGAUUGAUUUUACAAAGGACUGACUCUUGCCCAUAACUUAGUGGUCCAACUGAUAUAACUUAGUGGUCCAUUGUUUAUAGCUUAGUGGUCCAAUACUUGUAACAUAGUAGCUCUGUUGAUGUAACUUGAGAGCUCCAAGUGGUACAACUUACUGGUUCAAUUUAGUGGUCCUUUUUUUUUAUAACUUUGUGGCCCUUUUUGUAACUUUCUGGUCCAAUUUGUACAACUUAGUGGUUCAUUUGAUGUAACUUAGGUCCAGUUGCUCUAACACAGGAAAGACUUACUCUCUAAUGUAGUGGUCCUAUUGUUGUAACUUAGUGGUCCAGUCGGUUUGACAUAAUAGUUUGGUAAAGACACUUCUCUAACUUGAUAGCCCAACUGAUCUGAAUUAGGUCCAGUCACUCUAACAAAGUGGUAUGGAAAAGACUCACUCUGAUUGUUGUAACACACCAGUUCACAAGUAACCAGCAUCCACAACUCAGUGCCUAGAGAAGCCACAUGCACACUGGUGGCAAGAGGUGGAGUAACCCGCCACAACUCACACUGUGCCGAGACUCAUCCAAGGACAGGCGACUCGAGUGCCUUCCUUCGGCUAAGUACAAAAGUGAAGUAUUGUGCAUUUAUUAGAUACCUGUGGGGAGGGAGUGUUGCCAGCAGUGUUUUUGGGACCAAUGCUAAAGAAUUUCUGUAUCUGGUGCCUUUGUGUAGCAUUCACUGUGAUGGUGUUAUUAGCAAUAUGAAGACCUUUCUGGGACCAACGCUGAAUAAAAUUUCAGUGUAGAUCAUUGCUGUGGCAUGUAUGAGGUAUUGAAGUGCCCUUAUACACCAUUCCAAGUACAAAAUUUCAAUGUUCUGUCAUGAUUUUUUACUUUUUAUACUAGAAGCAAGACUUAGGACCAUUCCAGUAAUAAAUGCUACUGUUGUACAUGUGUAUUGAAUUUUGUGACUUUUUGUGUAUCAUUCAGAGUACAAGUGUGAGCUGCCAUGUGUUAAUUGGAAAGACAGGCUCAGUGAAGAAAGAAUAUGAUGUUAGAGAAGUUAUUCCCAGUAAAGGACGUCUGGCAGUAUACAGGAGUUAGGAAAGUUAUGUGCAGUGGAAAGGUGAAGUUGAUGGUUAUUGAGUGCAGCUGCAUCCAGGGGGGAAGGGUAAAUAAAAUAAAUGAAUGUAGAAAAUCUUAAGUCACAAAUGUGUGUUAUAGGCAAUUCUAAAUGUGUAUUGGAGCAAAAGUCAAAGCCAUUCCCACUUUGCUGUGUAUGGAGUACAUACUGUUACGUAUAGAUUUGUAUUUUCAUAGGAAUUUUUUAUACACUAUAUAUUUUCAUCAUAAUAUUGGAAUGAUAAGCCCUUCAUUUAUUUUUCUACACAUUUACUGACAAACGGUGCCAACUUCCAUGUCGUAAUGCAUAGUAUUUUUGUAGUCUUUAAGAGAAUUAUUAUACAGUUGUUUUGA